GCUUCUCUCGACCAGUCACUGAAUCGAGUUAAUCCACGAAGUGUUUUAAAUAUCUUGAAACCUUUUAUUUUAUGAUUCUGUAGAGAAAUGUUUAAGAUGAGUUAUGAGUAAUUUCUAUUGGAAUAUUUACAUUGUGUUGAUUUCUUUUAUUUCUUGAAGCAUUAUCUUGGAAACGAUUACGAUAGUGGCAACAGAAGUUUGCUAAAUUUAUCGUAGAAGAGGUUUAAUUAAAGAGAAACUAUUUCCGUUUUGAGUUUCCUUCAACCGAAGUGUGAACUUCCUUUGAUUUUUUUGGAUAUAUAUCAUAGGCAUACGAUAUGGCUUCAUUUUCGCCAAAUGAUUCCAGAUACCAUCGCCAACAUAAUCAGGAACAACCUGAAUCUGGUCGUAGGCUGAAAACAUUUGAUCAUUUAGUGCCACCACAGUCACCUCGAAAUCCUCUACGGCACGCCUCUUCAAUGGAUCAUCCACCUCCAGCAUCGUCUGCAUCUUCACUUCAUUAUGCAGACGACACAUACACACUGGCACAGACGCGCGCCGAGCGCCGUCGGGAGAGGAACGAACGUCGAAAUACGAUCGGUAUAUCCGCCGCUAAUCUACCUUCUGCAACCUCAGCCUCAAGUUCAAGCACCACUGGUAGUAAUUAUACCAUGUCAACCCUUAACGUCGCUCCAGUAUCAACUCACCAUGAAAGAUAUUCAUCUGCACCAACUCCAUCACCUGCUGCCAUUUCCUCCUCGGCAUCAUCACAUCAACAAUCAAAACACGCCGUUCCAAGCUCGAACUUCAUCUCUGGGGAAUCUGCAGGUUUAAUUAAGCAAACGUCAACAGAUGAAGGGCUGGAUAAUUUUCCGGAGGUGUAUAGCUUCAAGGAUAGAAGCAGAGUUCAUGAGCUUGUUUCAGGAAUCACAUCUCUCUACGAGCAAAGACUACUUACCGACGUCAUCCUAUGUGUUGAAAGUUCUGAAUUUCCAUGCCAUCGCUGCGUCAUGGCAUCCAGUAGUCCCUACUUUCAUGCCAUGUUUACCAAUGAUCUCCUUGAGAGCAAGCAAGAGAGAAUCAAGAUAGGAGGCGUUGAAGCAGAAGCGAUGCAGCUUAUUAUCAAUUAUUGCUACACAUCAAAAAUUGAUAUCACAGCAGACAACGUCCAGUCAUUACUGGUUGCUGCCAAUAUGUUUCAAAUGUAUAACCUCCGAGACGCGUGCGCAUGUUACAUGGAGAAACACGUAGCGUUAUCAAAUUGCAUCGGCAUAUAUUUUUACGCAUGUUCACUAGACUGUAAAAAGCUACAGGAACUUGCCAAAGCCCUAAUUUGCGAAAAUUUUAAUGAAGUAUGUCGUGAAGAGGAAUAUCUUUCUCUGUCGAAAGAUAAGGUCAUAGAUCUCAUAAUGAGAGAUGAACUGAACGUCGACAGAGAAGAAAUAGUAUAUGAGUCCGCUAUCGCUUGGGUAAAGCAUGAAUUGGAAAGCAGACGCGUUGACCUCUUCGACAUUCUAAGCAACGUCCGAUUUGCACUUAUCAGUCCGUACUACAUCCAUGAUGUCAUAGAAAGAGAGCGUAUUGUGUACUGCAAUAAGCCAUGCAUGCAGUUGAUUGAAUCCUCAUUACAGUAUCAUAUGCUUCGUGACAGACGACAAGAUCUUGAUCUCUCCAAGCUCAACACUAACACCAGGAAGGGUAUGCCAGUGAGAGAAAUGGUGGUGUUUUUGACACAUCACAGCGAAGAUAUUCCUGAUGUUAUCGAAAGUGACACAUAUCGAAUCAAGGCUCUUCCAGACAUCGUAGAGUAUGCUGAAUGUGUAGUUACGGGCGAAAAUAAUAUAUUUGUCGCCGGUCGACAGAUCACUGAAUUUGGUUCCCGCCGUGUAUAUUCACAUAGGCGUGGAGGACUGUUCCAGUAUGACCACUUUGAUCGCAAAUGGCUUCCUCGGGCAGCGAUGAAUCAACCAAGAUCUCAUUUCAGACUAGCAGUAUUAGAUGGCAUGAUCUACAGUGUCGGUGGCACUACGGCAGAAGGUCAAAGUGACGUCACUGAGUUCUAUAAUCCACACUAUAAUCAGUGGAGAAAUUCUGCUCCUUUGAUUGUGCCGGUGAAGAAUCACAGUGUAGCGGUUGUUGGUGGUGCCUUGUAUUGUAUCGGUGGUGAAAGUGGAGAUACCAUCACUGAUGCAGUGCAACGGUUUAAUCCACGAUACAAUUCCUGGAAUCAGAUGUCUAGUAUGAUCCUACCAAGGACUGGCGCAUCAGCAGCUGUCUUUGGACGCGAGAUAUACGUCGUUGGAGGCAGUGUUGCGGCUGGCGAUAAAACAGCAGAAAAUAUGCUGAAAUCUGUCGAAAUUUACAAUCCAGAGAGAAAUGACUGGCGAUUUGGUCCAGAACUGCCAGAGGGCAGGUUCAAUUACAGUAUUCUAACAUUCAAUGGAAGUCUCUACGUCUUCGGAGGAGAAACUGAUGAUGAAUCAGUCGAUGGUAAGGUAUGGCGACUAGACACAGGACGAUUUGGAUGGAAACAAGAUAAAACGGGAUGGCCAAUCAUACAACUGCCAUACUACUGUGUUGCAGCAACAAUGUCAAAAGAUCAACCAGAGUAUUAAAAUCAUGACUUUCUCCCAACUGUCACAGAGGCCAAGGUUCAUGAUCGUGCAAACAGAAGAACAUACUAAUUAUUAUUUUAUGCAAUGGGUUAUGUAAAUAUGAUUACAUAAUACUGUUAAAAGUGUGGAAAACAUUCAGUAGAAAAAUUAAGUGAAGAUAUGUUCGUAAUUUGCACGAAGUUUUUCCAGUUAUGUUGUUGAACGUAAACGCCACUCGUUUAAAGUUUAAGUAAAUUUCGCAUCUUCGUUACAUUUGGAUAAUUUGCAAGAUAUAUGAAAGUGUUUUAUUUUAUGGUAACGAGUGUGCAAUAUCAUUUUCUUGGGACUGCUUAGACCGCUGACCAAACUAAGUGUAAUAAAAUUCGAAUUUUUGGCGGACACAUAAUUAGAAAAACAACAAUAAUGAUAGUGUUCGCUUUAUAAUUAAAUUAAGCAAGUCGGUUACUUGCAAUUGGAUUGUGUUGUAAUAGUAUAUUACUUUUUAUCAAAAUUUGAUUGUUAAUUUAUGUCAAAAUGCUGCUAUUCAGUUUUAGUGCACGCAUUUAAUAUAGCAAUUGAGGACAUGUAACCAGGCCUGGUUAUACAUAUUGAAGGACUGUUUAAGCAACAAUUAGCAUAAUAGGCCUACUAUAUGUAUAUAUAAUACUCGUAACGCUCCUUUCAAAUAUUGAUAUAUUUUCAUAAGUUGGAUAAAUCUGAUUGGAUCAUAUAGACAAUGGUAUACUCAAUUAAAUUUUAGCCUUAAACAUUUCAGUAUCCGUCAAGGAUGUUCGUUUUUUCUUGGCACGAUUCACUAUUUUGUAUAGCCUAUGUAGGCCUCGAUGGAUUGGGCUUUAAUACUAGCUCUUUAAAUUGUUAACAUUAUCAAAUAUUUUUGAUGAACAGUUGAACAAGUACCUAUAUUAGUACACAAGCUCUUAAUUUAUAAAUACAGGAAAAAACACUUCUAAUGGCAUACGUAUUCCACAAGCUAUCACAACUAUAAUGGCUGUUUCUUGUAGAAUAUGUACCAUUGGGCUUAUAAUGUUUUUUCUGUAUUUUCAGUUAUUUGCUAACGGUUUCUUUUCAAAGUGUAGGCCUGUAUUCAAAUGUGAGAAUUGUAUAUGGAAGUGAACACGUUUUGGAAAGGAAGCAAGGUGGUUAUAUAAGGUACGGAUGCCACAUGUUAAACUGUCACACGAUAUAGCCAAUCACCAUUUUUGAAACUGAAAUUUUGUCGUGGAGUUAUUCCAUCAUGGAAUCUAAUACUUCCUAUCAGUGUUUAAAUUGCAUUGGACAGCAGACGGUAAAGCAUUAAGAAAUUUGAAUUUAUUACAAUGAUAUGUAGGCCUAUUAAUUUAACAGUUUAUGCGCCAUUAUGUGUAACUUAGCAGCAGACGUAUUACUUGCUAUUCAAACUGAGGACAGUGCACCACCAGAGUACAUUACUAAAAACAUUACAAUAUUUCUCAGCGAUGGAAUGAGACAUAUUGUUAGGCUGCUAUUGAAGGCCCUAAUGAUCAUAACUGAUGAAUUGGCUACCAUCUGAAACAGGUUCCAAAGGCAUAUCAACCUCGAAUAGGUAGUUAUCUCGAGAAUAUUGCCAAACGCUUGAACAUUUCAACAACUUCUAAAAGCGCGCCAAUCAUCCAGGUGAUAUCGAAAUUGACAUCCAUCAUAUCAUUCGCGGAAAUCAUUUGUGCGCAUGAUAUGUUUUUAGAUAUUGAGUUGAUGAUUACUGAAUAACUGUCAUAUCAAAGGUGAACUUCUUCAAUUCGAGAACCAAAUACUGCAGUUCAAAAUAAUGGGUUUAAUAUUAUCUCCCCAUUAGGAAAAGACGCGAAUGAAUGGAUGAAUGAUUACAUUUUUGUUGGGGGUGUGCCGAUGUCGUUUCAGUUUGACGUAGUGGUAAUUGCGCGUCUGUAAGAAUUUCACAAAUGGCACGCUAGUACAUCGUCUGUGAGAUGUAAGUAGUAUACCGUACUUGUCGUCACCUACUUCAUUACAAACGCGUGACAAGAUUUUAAUUCAAGCAUUCAUAGUAAUUUAUAUCAGUUUUGUUAAGUAAAUUCAGUUACUGUACUACUUUGGUAGACGUUAAUGUAUGAGUAUCUCCAUGACAAUUUCCAAAGCCUAAUCAAUGAAUUUAUUAAGCCAAUGUUUUCAACAUGAAUCUAGAAAUACUUUGUUUAAUACUAAACCGAAACUUAAAGAUUAAAAUCACGUAGUAGUAUAAUACUAGAUUUCUUUCAGGGUGAAUGGAAUCAAGCACGGUGUUUCAAUAAUAAAUUAUAAAAUUCUGAUUAGCAAA